CAUAGCGACAAAAUUAAGACCAAGCGUUGAUGAGAUAAAAAUCUUCCGAGUGAGAUUUCGAAUCGUAAUCGAAUUGCUAAACCUAAACACAGAAAAUGGCUGAAUACUUGGCUUCAAUUUUCGGCACAGAAAAAGAUAAAGUCAAUUGUUCCUUCUACUUUAAAAUUGGAGCUUGUCGUCACGGAGAUAGAUGCUCAAGAAUCCACAAUAAGCCAACUUUUAGCCAGACUGUACUUCUCCAGAACUUGUAUCAUAACCCACAAAAUUCAGCUCAGUCAGCUGAUGGAUCACAUUGCAAGUUUUUGACUAAUUUAUCAGAAGAAGAAGUUCAAGAACAUUUUGAUAAUUUUUUUGAAGAUGUCUUUGUUGAAUUGGAAGAUAAGUAUGGAGAAAUUGAAGAAAUGAAUGUUUGUGAUAACCUUGGGGAUCAUUUAGUUGGAAAUGUGUAUGUCAAGUUUCGCAAAGAAGAAGAUGCUGAAAAGGCUGUAGAGGACUUAAAUAAGAGAUGGUUUGCUGGACGUCCCAUAUAUGCUGAGCUUUCUCCCGUAACUGAUUUCCGUGAAGCUUGUUGCCGACAAUAUGAAAUGGGUGAAUGCACUCGAAGUGGAUUUUGCAAUUUCAUGCAUUUGAGACCUAUUUCAAGAGAAUUAAGACGAGAAUUAUAUGGUCGCCCAAGGAGACGCAGAUCUCGAUCACGCUCUCGUUCUCGCAGUCCUCGUGUUGUACCUGGAGAACGUAAGAGGUCCCGCAGCAGAGAAAGAAGGCGUCGGUCACGCAGUCGAGAUAGGGAUCGUCGUGAACGAGAAGGAAGGUUUUAAUUCCAAGAAACAUUACAUACUUGCUUUAUGCGAUUUUCUUUUCUUCAAUAUGCAUAUGCAUUUAGAUAUUGUUUCUUCUUCCUUACAUCUGUCAUACUUGUUAAUUUUAUUACUCAAUAAAAUAUCAUUCAUUUCG